UAAUCGUUAUAGUAAUAUUUUAAAGGUUGUUAUUUUUUCUUCCAUUAUAAAUCAUGGCUAAAACACCUAUAAGUAUUUUACAAGAAUUUGGAAUGAAACAAGGUUAUUUACCUGAAUAUACAUUACUUUCUGAACGAAUUGUUAAUCAUUUAAGUGUAUUUAAUUAUCAAGUGAAAUACAAAGAUUUAUUAGCUUUAGGUAAAGCAUAUAAUAAAAAACAAGCUAGACAUAAUGCUGCUGAAAAUAUGUUAGCAUUGAUCAAAGAUUUAACAAUUAAUGAUGUUCCUAAAGAUAUAGUGUCAAUGGAAGAAAAUAUUUGUCAAACAAAACAGAUAAUACCAUUGAAAGAAAAUCUUCCUCAGACAAAACAGAUAAUACCAUUGGAAGAAAAUAUUUCCAAGACAAAACAGAUAUUGCAAUAUGAAGAAAUUUCUUCUAAAUUAGAUUCGUGGAAAGUUAAUUCAAAACCUGAAGAUACUACAAAUUACAUUGGCAAAUUACAAGAAUACUGCUUGAUAAAUAAUUUAAUACAUCCAGAAUACGUGGUUAAUGAUGUAAGUGGAAAGCCACAUUUACAAAAGUUUACAAUGGCCUGUAAAUUGGGAGCAAUAGUUGAAGAAGCGACAUCGACUACAAAAAAACAAGCGAAACAAUUAGCAGCUAAACAAUUAUUAAAUCGACUUGGAAAUUCAAAUGCAUUGAUUUUAGUUGAUAGAUGUGAUAAAAAGGCUAAAGACAAAUCUGUUAACGAAAAUAAUGAUGAUAAUGAUGAUGAUGAUAUUCUAACUAAAUCUGGCAUAAGAUUACUUAAACUUAAUUCUUACGUUCCUGAUAAUGACAUUAAAGAAAAAUAUAGAGAAUUGACUAAUAAAAAUUGUAUUAACGAUAAAAAUGUGGACAAAACGCAAGCUAUUAAAAAUUAUCAUUAUUACAUUAAAGAAAUUAUCCGCAGCAAUAUUAGUGGCGAUAAUAAGGACGAACAAAUAGACAAAGUAUAUCAUAAUAUAAAAAGAUUUAAAGAAAGUUUAUCAAAUGUAAUAAAUGAUAAUAAUAUAGAACAAUUACCAUUUGAUAAUAUUUUAAAAUAUAUCAAAGAAGUAUUGAAAUUAAAUAUAGAAAAAAAGACUAUGACUUGUAAAGAUCCAUUGCUAAAAGCAAUUGCUUAUAAAAUUACUGCACCUAUACCUGUUAUACAAUUUGGUAUUAAUAAGAAUUUGGAAGUCGCAGAAGCUCAUGCUUUACAUAAUAUUCUUGACACAAUAAUGAUUUAUUUACGCUAAAAUUAAAUUACAUUAAGAAAAUACUGACGAAAAAGUGCCUAUCUUUUAGUUAAAUAUUCCAAAUAAUUCCAAAUGUAAAUAUAUAUAUU